UACGCGCCUGCAUACCCGAGGGCCCCCGCCGUCGACCCGGCCCUGAGGGACUUCGUCGCCCGCUUCUUCGUUACUUCGGACACGCCCGGCCUGACGGACGAGUGGAUGGCCUUUUUCAGCGAUGACGCGACGGUCGUUAUGGGCAGCGAGACGGCGACGGGGAUACAAGAAAUCCGCAGUCUUCGGCAGCGCAUGUGGGACAAAGUCGAGGCGCGAAAACACCACAUCGCAAAGGUGUUCCCGGGCAGCUUCGACGGCGAGGCGGACACGGCGGCCGAGCUGAUGCUCUUCGGCUCCGUCGCCUACGUCCUGAAACAGACUCCGGCAACGGCGGCGGGGGCGGGGGCGGGGACGCCGCAGGCCGCGACCGACUGGGCAGCACACGCAAGGCUCAAGAGAGGUGGUGUCGAGUCGCCGUGGGCCUUUGUCUAUUACAGGGUCUAUCUG